AUGGAGACUCAAUCAUGGGAAGUGCUCGUGCACAAGAAACAACUUGAAGCUGCAGCAAAGAUCCCAAUUGAAUGGCGACUUCCCGAAAAACUGACCAAGAUCUCCGAGAUGUCUGGCAUAAAUGUGCUAGAUGUUCCACGCCAGUCAGGAAUUUUGACACCAAGACAACUCGAAAUAACUGAAGAGUGGGAUGCAACCGAUCUACUCAGGAAGAUGCAUUGCCAAGAGUUGUCUGCGUAUGAGGUCACUGAAGCAUUUUGCAUUCGCGCUGCGAUUGUCCAGCAAGUGACUCGAUGCCUUACUGAGACUUUCUUUGAGCGUGCUCUGCAGCGUGCAAAGGAUUUGGAUGAGAUAUUAUGCAAAACAGGGACACUUGUCGGGCCUUUGCAUGGCUUGCCUAUCAGUUUCAAGGAUUGCUUCAACAUUGAUGGGAUUCCGUCUACGAUUGGGUUUACCUCGUUUAUCAAAAAUGGUCCUCUCAGCUCAACUUCUCCUGCCGUUCGGAUUUUGCUCAACUUGGGUGCCAUUCCGUAUGUGAAGACAAAUGUUCCCCAGACAAUGAUGGCCGCCGAUUCACACAACUACAUAUUUGGCCGCACCAUCAACCCUCAUCGAUCGAAUCUUACUGCUGGUGGGUCGACUGGGGGAGAAGGGGCAUUGAUUGCUAUGAGAGGAUCGGUGCUGGGUGUUGGCACAGAUAUUGCCAGCUCUAUUAGAAUUCCAGCUGUUUGCAACGGGAUCUACUCAUUGCGAUCAUCUGCAGACCGUAUUCCAUACGGGGGACAGACCAGCUCUGUCCGUGGGGGCCUGGCCGGGAUCAAGCCUUGCGCAGGACCGAUGGCGACAUCAGUCAGAGAUCUAGAGCUAUUCAUGAAGCUCGUGACAAAUGCAGACCCAUGGCAAUUUGAUUCCUCUGCUUUGUUUUCUCCAUGGCGCACCGUUACACCCAAGUCCGCCCUCCGACUUGGGCUCAUACUGGAGGAUUCCCAUUUUCCUCUGCAUCCACCGGUUUUGCGAACUCUUACAAGAGCAACCAAAACGCUUGAAGCAGCUGGGAAUCAGAUCAUUCCUCUACAUACCCUGCUUAUGCGCAAUGCCUGCACACUGGCGUUUCGUAUGUUCUCGAUGGAUCCAGCUCUGACCCCAUUCAAGCACAUUGCUGCUAGUGGAGAGCCAACCAUCCCCGCGCUGGCAUCAACAUCCCUGCAUCAUGGCUACAUGCCAUACGGGUGUGCUCCAUUGACACUUGAAGGGCUGUACGAUCUCAACGAGGAACCCAAUCACCUCAAGGAAGAGUUCCGAGACCGCAUUAUGCAGGCAAAAGUGGACGCUAUCAUCAUGCCCGGCUAUCAAGGUACUGCUCAACCUCACGACCUGUCUGGCUUUGUACCCUACACCGUCCUUUGUAAUGUGAUGGACUAUCCAAGCUGCAUCAUUCCGUAUGGCAAGGCCAACAAAAGCGCCGACGAGGCAUUCAUUCGGAGGGUGAACUACAAACCUCCCUAUGUCGCCGAUGACAUCGAGGGAGCCCCGUGCUGCAUCCAGCUCGUUGGUAGAAACAUGCAUGACGAGGAAUUAGUGAAAGUGGCGGAGCUUGUGUCAGAGACACUCAUGCUUUGA